CUUCCGAUCAUGGACAAUAGUCUCGAAUAGGAAAAUAUGGUAAUUGGGGGUGUGUUUGGGGCGCGGCGGAACGGAGGGCUUCCUCGCAUCUCCUCCUUGUCUUCAUCUUUGUUUUGCAGGUUGAAGCAUUCUUCCACCAAUUUAUUCGUUGGAGGGCUUUCUUAUGACACCAAUGAGACAAUAUUGAACGAUGCAUUUGAUUGCCAUGGGGAAAUUAUUGAAGUGAAAGUCAUCUGUGAUCAUGUCAGCGGCCGGUCCCGUGGAUAUGGAUUUGUUCGGUUCACUUCUGAGGAUGCAGCCAACAAAGCUUUAGGGGAAAUGAAUAACAAGUUAUUAGAUGGCAGAAACAUUCGUGUUCACUAUGCACUCAAGAGAUGACUAAAUUGCGGGAUUACCCAGGUUCGAUUCUUUAGGCUUUGUCGCUGAUGGCUGCAAUUGCUCUUAUUUCGUAUAUGAAGCAAUAGUUAUUACUGGAAUAUUUCAAGUACUUCGAGUCGUGCCAAAAGAUAUCAGUUCCACGUUUUUCGGAGGAAUAUUUUAGGCACUUGAGUCAUGGCAUGAAGAGAUCGGUUGCAUGUCCCUCUCAAGAGGGACAAGUCUGUUUAAAGUCAGAUGACAGCUUUCUAAUUAUUUGUGUUUGUUUCUUGGCAGUACCUGUACUUGGGAUAAUUUUUAAUCUGUUUACCUGCAAAAGCAAUUAUGAAUCACAGGUGGUAGUUCAUAUA